AGGCGGGCGCGGCGCUAUUGCGCUUCACAACGGGAACUCGUUUCGGGCUCUUGCACCAGUUGAACACGAGAAGUCGGCGUCGCAGUUGUUCAUCGCGCUGCCUCGAACCGAACCUGUUGAGCGUCUCUUCUUUGCGCGUCGUCCGAACGAACGAACGGUUUUCAACGUACCAGCUAUUUCCUUUGUGGCAGCAGCAACACCAAAUAAAAGCCCGGCAAAAUGAGUUGCGGAAUGGGAAUGAUUAAAUACUUACUCUUCAUAUUCAACUUCAUUUUCGCGAUAUGCGGCGUAGGUAUCUUGACGAUCGGCGUUCUCGCACACCUGCAACUGGCCUCUGAAAGCAAAGAUUUCAGCACACCCGUUGCGUUCCCGGCGAUAACGUUAAUAGUCCUGGGAAGCAUAAUCUUUGUAAUCUCGUUCUUCGGAUGCUGCGGCGCCAUUCGGGAAAGUCAUUGCAUGACGAUCACCUUCGCGUCGUUCCUUCUCCUGAUCUUGCUGAUACAAGUGGCAGUCGCGGUAUUCGCUUUCGUGGUCGUCAAGGAUGCCGAUGUGAGGGAGCAGUACGUGAUACAAUUCGACAAAUAUCACACGAGCAAUUCCAGCAAGCAAGUCGUGGAUCUGUUUCAGGAGAAGUUGGAAUGCUGCGGUAUCGAUUCUCCGAACGAUUACCACGAGUUAACUCUUCCCGCGAGUUGUUGUGGCCAAAAGGAAGCUGUUUGUCUUGUGAGGGAUGCUUACCAGCAAGGUUGUGUAACAGCAAUGAAGAAUAUGCUACACCUUAUUGGAUCCGUGUUAGGCGGCGUUGCCAUCGCUGUUGCUGCAGUUGAGUUGGUCGGGAUCAUCUUCGCGCUCUGUUUAGCGAACUCCAUCAAGAAUACAGAGCGCAGGGGUUACAGAGUGUAACGAAUUAUUAAGGAUUAUUAAGUAUAUACGUUGCGUAAACAGUAAAGAAAUAACACUACUCUACCAUUUAUAAUUCGGCCGUUGAAAGCGUGGUAGACGUAACAAAACAAUUGUAAUGCAUCCAAACUUAGGUAGUUCUACGAACGAACGGGAUUUAGGAGCAAAUGGGACAAUGAGAAGAUGAUGCCUUUUUAUUCGAAUUACUGCGGAAUCAAUUGUUUACGUUCGAAACUUAAUCUUUGUAUGUGAUAUUGAAUGUAUAAACGUAUUAUUUAAUGUAUUUUUUAUUUUGAUA